AUGGCGCCCCAUGCAGAGAUAAACCCUCAAGACAUUACCGAAAGGGCGCGCAGAGAUCUGCUCCAACUGCUCGAAGGCGUUCCUGGCAAGAAGAAUCUUGUGAUUGAAAAGUCUCUUGCUGGCCCAAUUGGCUUGCUCGUCAAGUUCAGCACUCUGCAGGAGUAUGGAGUCGACAAGGUCUUCUAUGUAGAGAACCGCAAUGUCGACGACUCUCAACGCAACAUCGUCUUUCUGGCUAGAGGCGAAAAGCCAAAGGAUGUCCAACUCAUAGCUGAGAAUGGUGUGUUGGGAGAGGUGACCAUUGGCGAAUGUCCGCUAUUCUUAAUCCCUCUGGAGCCCGACCUGUUGUCGCUGGAGCUGGAUGAUGCGUUCAGUGACCUGUAUCUGGAUCCCACCUCGAUCUUCCUCACUGCCAAAGCAUUGAUGCGCCUACAAGGAUCCACCGGUCUCUUCCCUCGUAUCCUAGGCAAAGGUGACAAUGCAAAGAAGCUCGCAGAUUUACUCAUCCGCAUGCGUUCCGAAGAGGAAGUCAGCGCAUCCUCUGCCACAUCCAAAUCACCCUCGAAUUUCGGUCUGACUCCAAGUGCAGUCGUGGAGAACGUCAUCAUCAUCGACCGCGAAGUCGACUUCUUCACACCUCUCAUGACCCAACUAACAUACGAGGGCCUAAUCGACGAAGUCUUUGGUGUCCGCCACAACCAGACCGAAGUAGACACGUCCAUCGUCGGCGCAGCACCCCAACAACAGAAGCCUCAAGGAGCAGCCGCAGCAGCAGGCAACUCGACCCAAGCAGCCACAAAACGCAAGAUCCAACUCGACAGCUCCGACAAACUAUAUCCCCAACUGCGCGACUGCAACUUUGCAGUCACAUUUGUCGCAAAACUGCCUUCCUACCAAGCCGAGCAAGCUUCCCUCAAAAUCCACACGUCCAUGGCUGAGGAAAUCAUGAAGACCACCCGCAGCGAAAUCUUCGGGCGUGUGCUCGAGGUCCAGCAAAACUUUGCAGCCGGCGCUGAUCCCACCAGCAUGAACGACAAUCUCGAAGAACUGAUUGCCAGAGACAUCCCUCUUGCCACCAUUCUGCGUCUGCUAUCUCUAGAAUCAUGCAUUGGCGGCGGUAUCCGUCCGCGCGAGCUCGAAAACCUAAAACGCCAAAUCAUGUACGCAUAUGGGCAUCAGCACUUGCUCACCUUUGCCGCGCUCGAGAAAAUGGGCCUGGUGGUGACGAGACAGAGCAAUACUGGAUACUUGAACCCCAUGGGCGGCGUCAAUUCAGGCAACACUGAUUACAAUUCCGUGCGCAAGACUCUUAAACUCUUUGUUGACGAGGUGGACGAGCAAGACCCCACAGACAUCUCGUACGUGUUUUCUGGCUAUGCACCGCUGAGCGUGCGAUUGGUGCAGUGUGUGCUGCAGAAACAGAUGUUGGCUAGACUCUCCAACCCGAGGUCGUCUAGCACACCCAAUGUCAACGGCGGGACUGCGAAUGUCACGCCUAGCACGCAGGCAGCGGGUUGGAAAGGCUUUGAAGACGUGCUUGCGAGAAUCAAGGGCGCUACUGUUGAUGAAGUGCAGAAAGGGUCGAGUGCAGAGGCUUCGCAGGCAAGACAGACGCUUAGAGGUGGUGCUGGGGGUGGUUGCAAGACUACGAUUUUGGUCUUCUUGGGUGGUGUGACGUUUGCCGAGGUUGCGGCGCUCAGGUUCAUGGGCGAGCAGCUCGGAGACAAGAAGAAGAUUGUCAUUGUGACUACUGGUAUCUUGUCCGGCGACGCUGCUGUUGAGGCGGCUAUGGAGACGAGGGCUUGGGGUCGCAAGUAA